GCGAAGGAAGUUGGCCUCGGAGCGGCCUGUGCUCUGUGGGCCAGGCUGAGGGCGGCAGCAAGCGCUGCUUGGUCACCGCGUGCGGCACGAUGGGAGACGAGAUGGACGCGAUGAUCCCCGAGCGGGAGAUGAAGGAUUUUCAAUUUAGAGCUCUGAAGAAGGUGAGAAUCUUUGAGUCUCCAGACAAGUUGCCAAAGGAGCGCUCGAGUUUGCUUGUUGCGUCCAACAAGUACGGUUUGGUCUUCGCUGGCGGAACCAGUGGAUUGCAGAUUUUCCCUACGAAAAAUCUUCUUAUUCAAAAUAAACCUGGGGACGAUCCCAAUAAAAUCGUCGAUAAAGUCGAGAGCUUGCUAGUGCCUAUGAAAUUCCCCAUCCACCACUUGGCUCUGAGCUGUGAUAAUCUUACUCUCUCGGUCUGCAUGAUGUCCAGUGAGUAUGGCUCCAUCAUCGCUUUCUUUGAUGUGCGCACCUUCUCAAAUGAGGCUAAACAGCAGAAGCGCCCAUUUGCCUAUCAUAAGCUCUUAAAAGAUGCAGGAGGUAUGGUGAUCGAUAUGAAGUGGAACCCCGCUGUGCCGUCCAUGGUAGCACUUUGUCUGGCUGAUGGCAGUAUAGCUGUCCUACAAGUCACGGAAACGGUGAAAGUGUGUGCAACUCUUCCGCCCGAAGUAGCAGUCACAUCUGUGUGCUGGAGCCCCAAAGGAAAGCAGCUGGCAGUGGGAAAACAGAAUGGCACCGUGGUCCAGUAUCUUCCUACUCUCCAGGAAAAAAAAGUCAUUCCUUGUCCUCCAUUUUACGAGGCGGAUCAUCCAGUCAGAGUUCUGGACGUUCUGUGGAUCGGCACGUAUGUCUUCACCAUAGCGUAUGCUGCUGCAGAUGGGACCUUGGAAACGUCCCCCGAUGUGGUGAUGGCUUUGCUCCCUAAGAAAGAAGCAAAGCCCCCCGAGACCUUUGUGAACUUCAUGGAGCCCUGCUACAGCAGCUGCACGGAGAGACAGCACCAUUACUUCCUCGGGUACAUUGAGGAGUGGGAUUUGGUGCUGGCGGCAUCUGCGGCUUCCACAGAAGUUAGUAUCCUGGCUCGACAAAGUGAUCAGGUUAACUGGGAAUCUUGGCUUCUAGAGGAUUCUAGCCGAGCGGAACUGCCUGUGACCGACAAGAAUGAAGACUCCUUGCCCAUGGGCGUUGCCAUCGAUUAUACAAACCAAAUGGAGAUUACUAUCAAUGAUGAAAAGACUCUCCCUCCGGCUCCAGUUCUGAUGUUACUUUCAACAGACGGUGUGCUUUGCCCAUUUUAUAUGAUCAAUCAAAAUCCUGGCAUUCGAUCCCUCAUCAGGUCACCUGAGCAGCUCUCAUUAGAAGGGGAGCGACAGACCAGGUCAUCAGGAAGUACCCCCACAACCCCAACCUCCUCUCAAGCCCCACAAAAGAUUGAGGCACCAGCAGCUGCAUCUCCUGCUUCUGUUCCGCCGGCAUUGCCCAUUGCUCCCACCUGCACCUUCUCUUUGCCCUCUGUGGUUGGAGCCCCUGCUGUGUUCUCCUUCGGCUCUUCCUCUGUGAAGCCCUCUGGUUCUGUCCCUGGGGAGCCCCCGCCGGAUUCCACCACAUCAGAUCACCCCAAACCUACCCUGGGCUCUGGCACAUCAAACUUCUCCUUUGCUCCGCCUCCUAAGCCCCCGAUCGGCCCCGCCCCUGGGGCAUACCCUGCGGCACCAUCCAUGUUCGCUUUUGGGUCAUCAGGUUUUAAACCUACCCAGGAAAGUACACCAGUGCCAGCUAUGCCCGCGCCAAACGCAGCAAUGAAGUCGUCCUUCCUGUCUUCAGCCCCUGCAGUCAAAAUCAACCUGAGUGAAAAGUUCUCUGCUAUGUCUGCCUCUGCUCCUGUUACUAGCUCACAGAGCACACCCUCGAUGCUGCCGUUCUCGCCUGCCUCCAAGGCAGGGGCUCCUGGGCCCCUCAGCCUCCCCACGCCAGUCUCAGCACCACAUGGUUCCCUGGCAUUAAAGUCUCCCAUCUCUUCCUCAGCAGCAGGGCGACCCACGCAGGGCAGCCCCAGCCCAGCAUCCUCAAUGGUACAGAAGUCACCCAGGACCACACCUCCACUGGCAAAGACAGGUCCUUCCCAGGUGAAAUCGCUUCAGCCUCCAGGCUCAGAAACGCAGGGCCAUCAGUGGAAAGACUCCGAUCCUGUGCUUGCGGGAAUCGGGGAGGAGAUUGGGCACUUUCAGAAGGAGCUGGAAGAGCUGAAGGCACGAACCAGCAAAGCCUGCUUCCAGGUGGGCGCUCCAGAGGAGAUGACGCUGCUGCGGACAGAGUCCGGCGACUUGCACACCUUUCUCUUGGAGAUUAAAGAAACCACGGAGUCUCUUCAUGGAGAUAUAAGUACACUGAAAACAACGUUACUUGAGGGCUUUGCUGGAGUUGAAGAAGCCAGAGAACAAAAUGAAAGGAAUUGUGAUUCUAGAUAUCUGCAUUUACUCUAUAAGAAACCACUGGAUCCCAAGAGUGAAGCUCAGCUCCAGGAAAUUCGGCGUCUUCAUCAGUAUGUGAAGUUUGCUGUCCAAGAUGUGAAUGACGUGCUGGACUUGGAGUGGGAUCGGCAUCUAGAACAAAAGAAAAAACACAAGCGCCUGCUUGUGCCAGAGCGGGAGACACUGUUUAACACUCUAGCCAACAACCGGGAGAUCAUUAACCAACAGAGGAAGAGGUUGAACCACCUGGUGGACAGCCUCCAGCAGCUGCGUCUCUAUAACCAGACCUCCCAGUGGAGCCUUCCUUCAGCUCUUCCUUCCCAGAGCAGCACACUCAGUUUUGACAGUGACCUUGAAAGCCUGCGUAAUGCUCUGUUGAAAACCACCAUAGAAUCGCACGCGAAACCCUUGCCCAAAGUACCAGCUAAACUGUCCCCCGUGAAACAGGCACAAUUGAGAAACUUCUUGGCCAAGAGGAAGACCCCACCAGUAAGAUCCACUGCUCCAGCCAGCCUGUCUCGGUCAGCUUUCUUGUCUCAGAGAUACUACGAAGACCUGGAUGAAGUCAGCUCAACAUCAUCUAUUUCUCAGUCUUUGGAAAGUGAAGAUGUGCCAGUACCGUGUAAUGAUGAAGACGCCCCAGUCCAAGCCCCCUGGCAUGCUCCCGUGGUGCGCACGACCUCCGUCCAACCCCCACUGUUGCCCCAGGGAACGCCUUUCGCUAAAUCUCAUGUGGGGCCGGCCUGGUCACCUGGUAUGUUAGGAGCUUCAAUGUCGGCAUCUGCUAGCAAAAUUAUUCCUCAGGGGGCUGAUAGCACAAGGCUUGCAACGAAAACUGUGAAACAUGGUGCACCUAGUUCUUCCCACGCCAUCUCCGCUCCCCAGGCAGCCGCAGCUGCAGCCCUGAGGCGGCAGAUGGCCAGUCAGGCACCAGCUGUAAGUUCCUUGACUGAGUCAACGUUGAAGAAUGUCCCUCAAGUGGUAAAUGUGCAAGAAUUGAAGAAUAAUCCUACGUCCCCUUCGGCACCAAUAGGUUCCUCGGUGCCGUACUCGACCACCAGAGCACCUCACCCAAUGGUGACACCAGUGACUUCGAACCAAGCCAAGCAGGGGGCUUUGAUCAAUUCCAUGAAGACAGCCACACCUGUACCAGUAUCCGAUCCAUUGUCACCUGGUGACAAAGCCUCAGUGAUUUCAGGACCAGGGGCAACCAAGAUAGAACCAGCUCUGACGUCAGCCCCAUCUGCCGCCGGACAGUUUGGGAAGCCUUUCUCAUUUUCCUCAUCAGGGACUGGCUUUAAUUUUGGGAUGCUCACAUCAACACCAGCUUCUAAUUUUACUGCUGCCCAAGGGCUAACACCUCCCCCAAAAGAGUCAACUCAGCUUGAUGCACCCUCAUUUAGCGGCGGCAGCAGACCUUGCCAUGAGACAGCUUCCGAAAGCCCUCCUUCAGGAACCACGGCAGUCACGCAUGCCACCGGCACUGUAGCUGCUGCUUCAGGAGAGUGCGUUCCGUCUAACAGCAAACUCACGCCAGCAGCGGGCAUUGCUCUUUCCACAUCCUCUACCAAGCCAGAAACACCUACGUCAAAGUUGGGGGAGCUUCUGUUUCCAAAUUCUCUAGCUGGAGAGACGCUAGGAAGUUUUUCAGGACUGCGCGUGGGCCAAGCAGAUGAAGCUGCAUCGUCAACCAAUAAGGCUUCAUCUCCAAGCCCAACUAGCGUACAGUCAACCCAAGCUUCAACUGUACCUUCAGGGUUCACUUUUACCAGCCCUCCAGUGUCCGGGAAGCCUGUGGAGCCCUCUGAGAGCUCCCCCACGGUAGCGCCAGCAGCAGCAGCCAGCACAGGCACCAGCAGUCCCUCGGCUGGUGGUUUUGGCAGCCUGUCCCUCUCCAGUGCAGGCUCCUCUGGGGCAAUCAAUUUUGGUGGGACGUCUUUAAGUGGUGGCAAGAUGACUUUUUCAUUUGGAAGCCCACAGACCAGUAGUAGUGCAGUGACCCCAUCUGUCCCACCAUCGACUUCGACUGUCACUUCCCUUCCUGUAUCUGUCCCCAUAUUGUCACUCGGUAACCUGCUAGGUCCAUCUGCCCCUGCCCAGCCUGUGUCCUCUGGUAAAAGCACAGAGGAGGCCCCAUCACCAGCUUUGCCCGAGAAGCCCGAGAGCAGUGAGGCUGCGGCGGCAAUCGGCUUACUGCUAGGGCAGCCACAGCCAGCCCAGCUGGCCCAUGCUCCCCUGCAGACUUCCGAGUCUGCUCCCAAAGAGCCUGCGCUCGCCCCGCCUGUGAGCAGCAGCAGCUCCGCCACCGCCACGUCUCCUGCCAUCCUCGCGGCACCUCCUGCAGAGACCACUCCAGCGGCGCCCGGGGUCCCUGACUUGAAGACAGAGGCAGCAUUGCCAGCAUCCACUUUCUUGGCACCUGGGCAAACUGCUGUCACCGCAGCGACAGCCACAGGUGCCGUCCCGGUGGCUGCUGAAACAUCUAGCAGCCCCACAGCCUGCAGCCCUGUGUCCGGUACCGCUCCAAGCCCAGCUACAGAGACAGCAGUGUUUGGGACUGUCACCUCUGGCUCAUCUGUCUUUACUCAGCCACCUGCUGCCAGUUCUAGCUCAGCUUUCAGCCAGCUCACCAACAACACAGCCACAACCCCUGCCACUACCCCUGUGUUUGGGCAGGUGGCGGCCAGCACGGCACCAAACCUUUUUGGACAGCAGACAGGCAGCGUAGCCAGCACAGCAGCCUCUACAGCACCGGUCAGCAGCUCAGGGUUUGGUGGCCCCGCUUUUGGCACCUCAGCCUCAGGGGUCUUUGGACAAGCACCCUUUGGGCAGGCCCCAGCCUUUGGGCAGCCCACAAGCAGCUCCACAAGUGGCUUCUCCUUCAGUCAGUCUGGCUUCAGUUCUGUGCCUGCUUUCGGGCAGUCCAUCUCCUCCACCCCCACGUCGACCAGCGGGAAUGUCUUUGGCCCCUCCUCGAGUGCCAGCAGCUCCAGCUCCUUCUCGUUUGGACAGUCUUCUGCCGGCACAGGAGGGGGGCUGUUUGGCCAAAGCAAUGCUCCUGCUUUUGGUCAGAGCCCAGGCUUUGGGCAGGGAGGCUCUGUUUUCGGUAGUACCUCAGCCGCCACCACCACAGCCUCGACCUCCGGCUUUAGCUUUUGUCAAGCCUCAGGUUUUGGGCCUAGCGGUACUGGGUCUGUGUUUGGUCAAGCAGCCGGUAGUGGUGGGACAGUCUUUGGCCAGCAGUCGCCCUCUUCCAGCAGUAGUGUGUUUGGGUCUGGAAACACUGGAAGAGGGGGAGGUUUCUUCAGCGGCCUGGGAGGGAAACCCAGCCAGGAUGCAGCCAACAAAAACCCAUUCAGCUCGGCCGGUGGGGGCUUUGGAUCUACAGCCACCUCAAAUACCUCUAACCUGUUCGGAAAUAGUGGGGCCAAGACAUUUGGAGGAUUUGCCAGCUCAUCAUUUGGAGAGCAGAAACCAGCGGGCACAUUCAGCUCUGGAGGAGGAAGUGUGGCUUCCCAAGGCUUCGGAUUUUCUACUCCAAAUAAAACAGGUGGCUUCGGUGCUGCUCCAGUGUUUGGCAGCCCUCCUACUUUUGGGGGAUCCCCUGGGUUUGGAGGGGUGCCAGCAUUCGGUUCAGCCCCAGCCUUUACAAGCCCUCUGGGCUCGACGGGAGGCAAAGUGUUCGGAGAAGGUACUGCGGCCGCCAGCGCUGGUGGAUUCGGGUUUGGCAGCAGCAGCAACACCACGUCCUUCGGCACCCUGGCGAGUCAGAAUGCGCCCACGUUCGGAUCGCUGUCCCAGCAGACGUCUGGCUUCGGGACGCAGAGCUCUGGCUUCUCUGGCUUUGGAUCUGGUGGAGGAGGAGGGUUCAGCUUUGGAUCGUCUAACUCGUCUGGCCAAGGCUUUGGUGGAUGGAGAAGCUGAGUGGGCGUGGGCGUCGUCAGCGUCCCAUUGCGUUCCGGUCACUGACUGACUGCGUUCUCAGCUCCUUCCCACAGAAAUCCUGAAGCAGACUUCUCAAAUGGACCUGCCAUGCGGAAGCGCACGCGCUUUUACACACACACCCAGAAAGAAACAACAGAAACCAAAAAAACGAUUGCUUGUCUGCUUUGUUCUGGGUUUCGGUUUUGUUUGCCCGUUUGUUGAGCUGUUCUGUCUGCUGUGAUACAGAAGCUAUGUGGGGUUAGGAUUACAGCCACUGCAAAAGGUACUCCCUUGUCUGUGGCUCUGAGAAACCCCACAGCCGUCUUUAUCAGCCAGCAACGUAUGGCACCACAGUAACCAGCAUAGCAUUCCAAGACAGGGCUUCUGCCGGGGAGCUGAAUGCUGGAGGGCCAUCUUCCUGAGAUAACAGCUCCGUGUCUCCUCAGCAUGUCCUUAGUUGUCGUGCGUCAGGGCCCUGACAUGCUGGCCCUUUUGACCGGGCGGAGGCACCCGAACUCCCGUUGCAGCGGCGUCAGUUGAGUUUCAGGGGCAGGUCCUGGUAGCUGUGAGGCAGCCACGAAAGGAGGCCAGGAGGAGGGUGGCCGGCGCCUUGCCUCAGAGAGACUCCACGACUGAGCUCUGACCAACGGUAUGCUGCCUCUGAAGGCCCCUGUUGACCUCUGUGUGACUCUUGGGCACUGUGUGUCCCACAGCUCCUUCCUUCUACUCUGGAGAGGAGGUGGCCCUUAUCUCCAGGAUGUGAUAAGUGACACUGGUGACUGUGCCAGCACUCUCUCAGCCACAGUGUGAUAACCCUUGGGGCAGCCCUGCUCUUGCCAGACGAGGCUGGACUUGGACAGUGUUUGCUAGCGGAGCCGGUGGAGUGGACUGUGUCCCCCUAGAAGGCCAUAUCUUUUAGGAGUCGGGGUGAGACGUCCGUAUCUCCCAGGCCCAGAGGGUGGCAGUACUUGGGUGGAGUCCAUGGCUGGAGGGGUUGGGGUGGGGGUGGUUUGAAAGGGGCCUUUUAGAGUUUUGCAUA